AUGGAAGCAAUAGAUAAAGCGUGGAAUGCUUCAAGCCAAUAUCCUUCCACUUCGGACCUUCUCAGCAAUGCAGAGGAAAAUGAGAUUUCAACCAUAGUUCUCCCAUCCAAAUUUAUCAAGUGUUCAAGAACAGAUUUAGCUAUUUUGAUUUCGAGAAUGUUGACUUUUCUAAUUCAGAUAAAUGAUUCAUCAUCGAAAAGUUCAGAUUGUGAUGUAUCGGCCCUAACAAGAUUCCAUUCAAGGAUACCACCGGACAUAUCAGUUUUCAACUAUCUUAUACGGCUGACUAAAUAUUCAUCUUUGGAGCAUUGCGUACUAUUAACAGCUGUUUAUUACAUUGAUCUUUUAUCCAGCGUAUAUCCAACGUUCACAUUAAAUUCACUGACUGUUCAUAGAUUUUUAUUGACUGCAACUACCGUGGCAAGUAAAGGCUUGGUCGAUUCUUUUUGCACAAAUACACACUAUGCAAAGGUAGGAGGUGUACAUUGUAGCGAGUUAAAUCUUUUAGAAUGUGAAUUCUUGAAAAAGAUCAAUUAUCGAAUUAUACCCAGAGAUGAAAAUAUUGACCACUGUAAACUAGAAAAGAAACAUGAUAUUUUUUCAUUGCAAAAAGGAUCAGAUAAGGACUUAAUCAAUUCUUUGAAAAUCAAAAACAACUUUCCUGAGAAUGAGAGUAGUUACAAUGUCCUCAACACAUAUUAUAACAAGAUUGUUCAACUAGUUGGUUCAUUCGAAUCUUCGCCUGACAAAUCAAAAGUGAUAAAUUAUACCUUACCUUAUUUUAUUCGAAACAUCCAUACGGAGGACAUUGUUGAUAAGCCACAACUCAUAAACAUUCAUCCUUUUAAAGAGGCUAUCCAAGAUGUGAGUGGCAUAUCAAGAAAGAGAAAUUUGGAUGCAACUGUCGUUGAAGAUUUAGAUAUGGUAUCAGACCAAAAUGAAAAAGGUUACAACGAUAAAACAAUGGAUAAUGAAACUGUAGACUCGGAAUCUAGUGUCUCCAAAAAACACAUUAAUCAACAGCGUCUUCCGAAAAUAUCGCAUAGGACUGAACAUUAA